AUGCUCUACCCGAACCUCUCUGCACUCCUCCUCCCCAUAGUCUCCACCGCACUCCACCACCUCCGCCCCUCCCAUGUGCGCUCCCUCCUCUCUGCUGCCACCGCCCUCCCCGCCCUCACCUCCUUCUCUGUGCUGCUAGAGCCGGGAUUCAGGGGGGAAUACGACUGGGGGUAUGGGCGGGAAGAGCUGUGGGAAAUGCCUGAGGAGGAGAGGAAGAGGGAGUUGUGGCGAUGGUGGGAGGAGACGAACAGGGAGAUGGAGAAGGGGCUGCUAGCAGUGCUGAAGGGGUGCCGCGGACUCAGAGAGCUACGCAUUCAGGGGAAGGGCGUAGCCCACCGCCUCAAACUCCCCCCCUCUCUCUCCCUCCUCCUCCUCUCUCGCCUCACCUCCCUCUCCCUCGCUCUCCCUGUCGGUCACAUGCCUCCCCAGUUCGCCCACUCCUCUCCCUUCGCCCGCCUCUCUUCCCUCCGCUCCCUCUCACUGCACGUCUGUAUGCAUCCGCAUGACAGCACCGGCACAUCUGAGGAAGACGACAGCUGGAGUGGGCAGUCAGAGGAGCUGCUGCUGGGCCUGCCGGCAUGCCUCUCCUCCCUCUCCCUGCUCCUCCCGACCGACACCAUGCCCGCCUCCUUCUCCUCGCUCACUGCCCUCACGCUCCUUGCCUCCAACCUCUGGAUUCCGGGGCUGGAUGGGGAGGAGGACGAGGGAGACGGAGGGGUGGGAGAGGAGGAGUGGGAGGGGGAGAGAUGGGAGGAUGAGGCAGAGGAGGAGAGUGGUAUAGGCGAGGGAGAUGAGGAUGGUUGGUGUGAUGAUGAUCAUGACGAUGCUUAUCCGUGCCCCAAUGAACCCCACAACCCACCCGGUGCUUCAAGCAUUCACCACAGCACACUGCGGCCUCUCCGCAACCUCACUUCCCUCACUCUCUUAUGCUGCCGCUCUUUCCCCCCACUCGUUCGCCACCUCACUCGUCUCACCUCCCUCUCCCUCGGAGCCUUCAAUGACUACGAGAUCGACUCCAUCACCCGAUCCUGA